ACAUGGCGGCCAUUUGGUAUCUCUACUGCUCUCUGAUAUUUUCCAUGCUCUAUUUCUUCACCAAACGUUUUAGUAAGAAAAUAGAAAACCUCCCUCCAAGACCGUUUCCAUGUCUACCCGUAAUCGGACAUCUCCAUCUCCUCAAACAACCUAUCUUCAAGACACUCUCAGAGAUUGCUAAGAAACAUGGUGAUCUUCUUUUACUUCAAUAUGGCUCACGUCCUGUCUUGUUGGUUUCUUCACCAGCCGCCGCCGAAGAAUGCUUCACCACAAACGACGUCGCUUGUGCUAAUCGUCCUCGUUUUCUCAUGACCAAACACUUCGCCAUCAACAACACGUCACUGGCUUGGGCUCCCUACGGUGACCAUUGGCGAAACCUUAGACGUCUCGUCUCUCUCGAGCUAUUAUCGUCUGGUCGUCUCCAGUUACUGCAAUGGAUUCGAGUCAACGAGGUGAAGUCAAUGGUCUCAUCACUCAUCAAACGUCAAAAUCGUCCUCUUGACAUGAGGGUGGUUUUCUUCGAGCUCACUCUCAAUGUCAUGAUGAUGAUGAUAGCUGGAAAGCGAUAUGUUGGUGAUAACAUAACAGACGCCAAGGAAGCAAAGAAGUUUCGGGAGAUUCAUGGGGAGACUUUUAAGAUCGGCGGGACAAUGGCCAUCGUAGAUUACAUCCCAUGGAUUAAAUCAUGGAAGCUGGAGAAGCAGAUGAUAGAACUUCAGAAGGAGAGAGAUGCUUUCAUGCAAAACUUGAUUGAAGAACGUAGAAGGAAGAUGAAGAGCAAUCGUCGUGAUGGAGAGAGCUGGAAAACCCUAAUCGAUGUCAUACUCAUUUUGCAAGAAACAGAUCCUGAAUAUUACAGCGAUGCCAUGAUCAGAAGUCUUAUACUAGUUCUUAUAUUGGCAGGAACAGAUACUACAAUAAAUACAAUGGAGUGGUCACUUUCGUUGCUGCUAAACCACCCAGAAGUUCUUAAGAAGGUUCAAAUGGAGAUUGACAAUCAAAUAGGAGAGAAUAAACGUCUUCUUGAAGAAUCCGAUUUACCCAAACUUCCAUUUCUCCGUAGCAUCAUUCUUGAAUCAAAUCGUAUGUACCCACCGCUCCCACUUCUGGUUCCUCACGAAACUUCAAAGGACUGCAUAAUAGGAGGAUUCCGGGUUCCAAGUGGGACGAUGAUAUCGACCAAUGCAUGGGCCAUACAGAAUGAUCCGAAUACAUGGGAGGAUCCGAGAAGCUUCAAGCCAGAGAGGCAUAAAUCUAGCGUAGGGUUCCCGGAGCUUGGAGGAAGAGAUGGGUUCAAGUUGAUGCCAUUUGGGUCGGGUCGGAGGGGGUGUCCUGGAGAGGCUUUGGCUGUAAGGACUGUCGGAUUGGCACUUGGAACACUCAUUCAAUGCUUUGACUGGUCGAGGGUUGGUGAGGAGAUGGUGGAUAUGACUGAAGCAAUUGCUUUCAGCUUGCAGAAGGGUGAACCUCUGCAAGCUAAAUGCAAGCCCCGAGCAAUCAUGGCUAAGUUUCUUUCUCAAGAGAAACUAUUUUCUAUAACAGAUAUAUAUUGA